AUGAGAAAUAAAGAAUUAGCCAUACAAAGACGAAAAGAAAAUGCAAUACCAAUUUCAAUAUUUCUACGACAAAAACAUGAUAUUCAUGGUCUUGCUGAUCUUCGUCCAAAUUCAGGUAUGAAUUUAACAUAUCAAGCAUAUUUUGAAGCACUUCUUACAACGGAUCAAAAUCAACAACAACAUCCAUCAGAUAAAGCUGCUGUUAUUAAAUAUAUUCGUCGACGUGAACGACGAAAACGUGCAGAAGAAAAUCGAAAAAGCUCUGAAUUGUCUGCUGAUAUUCUUGAAAAACAAACAGCAGAGAUAAUAGAUAAAAUGGGUGGUGUGGACGUUAAAUUAGAACAUGAAAGAGAAAGACAAAAUAAUUUAUUACGUACAAAAAUGAAUGAAAAAAAAACUAGAACUCAAAAUAUACUUGAAGCUAGUCAAAUAAUUGAUCAAGCUCAUGAAGCAAAUUUAGCUCGUCAACGUGUGGAACAAAAACAUCGAGAAAAAAUUGAAGCACGUCUAUCAGCAGUACGAAAUCAACAAAGUCAAACACCCACAAAUAUGAUUCAUGUUCAAAGUCGUUUAACUGAUGAUGAUGCCGAUGACUAUGAAAAUUUUGAAUUAAAUGAUGAACAAAGAGUAGCAACGAAAAAUUCUAUUCAAUUAUUAAAUAAUAAUGAUGCUUAUAAAUCUGUACGUUCAAUAACACCUGUUUAUGGUAAUGAAGAUACAAAUGAAAAAAUUGCAAACAUUUAUAUAUAA